AUGACCAAUUACAAAGCAAACAAUAAUAACAACUUCCUUUACUUAAGCAUCCUGCUGCUCUCAUUUUCAUGUCUCAGCUCUGUUGUCAAGACUCAGGAUACGAACAAUACGACCACUGUGGUGCAGUCCCCAAACUUGCCAGCUCAAACUUAUCUUACUGUUAGAGCUAGAAUUGAUCCAAUUAUGGGAGGUCUUAUCUACGAGUUGAUAGAUAUUAACAACAAUAUGGUGAGCAGACAGGAGAAAUUCUUUCCAGUUCCUCCAAUUCCAGUGUGCUCAUAGAUUACCACAGACUAGCUCUAUAGAGAACUUAGAAACAACCAGAUAAUGCUUCCUAAUGGCUAAAAUGUAACUAUAAUUAACACCGUUUACUGCUGUGAUUAUUAUCUACCCUCGCUUGGCUACUAAUAUACUUAGUGUGGAUAGAACCUAGGAAUUUUUAUUCUAAUUGAAAGAAAAGGCACUAGCUUGGAUUAAAGUUACCUUAAUUAGUAACUUCUUCACAAUAAUGUUUCCUGGGAAGGAUUAGUAGCGCUUCUAAAUUAAUAUUGUGUGAAUUCAGGAUUUCAGGGCAAUUUUACUUCAUUCCUAGCCAUUCCUGUACCCUGGUAAGAAUGGUAUACCAUCUAUUUGAUCAAUCCCAGAAUUGAGAAUUGGAGUAAACAGGAUCUUAAAGAUUGGAUUAAUCGAUAUGAAUAAUACAUUAAUGCUGGAGGUCCAGUAAUAUAUAUCAACGAUAAUAUGGUAACUUUUCAAUAAUCUGCUCCACCAGCAUCAACAGAUUCAAACACAAGACUUAGAAGAAGGUUACAGGUAGGACCUUGGAAUGCACCAUCUGUGAAUAAUAUCAUUAAUCCACCUGAUAGCAGGCCAGUACCCAGUUCUGAGCAACAGUAAAAUGACAGCUAAUCACAACAGCCGCAAUAAACUUAAUAAGCUAAUCAAACUUAUUGGUUAGUCGACUAUGAUAACCCUUUGAUUCUAACUUCUACUGUAAUAGCUAAUCUUACAGCCAGAGGCAUAUAUCCAUUAUUUUACAACUGGUAUCGUGUUUAUUUCUAUCCAAAUGGGGUAGUCACAUAAUACUAUGAAGCUUAAAACCUUUAAAAUGGUCAGGCUACACCUAAUACUUAAAGUACAUAUUUCAUAGGGUAAGUCCCACCUCAUUUGCUGCCGAUAGUGAAUUGGAUUUCUUCAUUAGUUUCAACUCAAGUCAAGGAAAACUGUGGUGCCUGCGUUACAGCAUUCACUGGUUGA